ACACACACAUGCGAGGCCGCCGCGAACGCCGCAACCGCGCCGAGGAGGCGAGGUUCGCCAAGACGCGUGUCCAGCUUCACAGAGACAAGGCCGCCUCCGGCUACUGCACCGCCGGUGAUUCGUCGAACGUGCUGCCUUGGGCGUCGGGCGAGGGUCUGGUGCUGGAGCCUCAGGCAGCUCUGACCGCGGCGACGGCCGCCGCGAGGAGCAACUGGAGCGUUGGCGGGCUCAAGCGCUGCGCCAUCAUCGUCGAUCGUCACACACACAAGAAUGGCGGCUCGACCGUGCGCGACAUCUUUCUGGAGAAUGAGCGGCUAGGCUACGGCCUGUACCAGGGCUACACACAGCUCGGCUGGAACUCGGACUGGAGGAACGUGCGGCGGCUGGCCGACGCCGCGGUCGGGGAGGGCCGCACGCCCUCGCUGCUGCUCAUGAUCGAGGCGCACUUUGGGCAGGUCGAGCUCAAGGACCGGCCGAUGCAGGACCUCGCCGCGCUGCGCGCCUUCCACCUGAAGCACCGCGUAGACUGCCCGAUCGUCCUCGUGACGCGCGUGCGCGAGCCGCUCGACUACUACCUCUCCUUCUUCCGCUGGGGCGUCGCCUUCCGCAUCAAAGAGGCGCUCGCCACGGGCAAGGGCAAGGGCAAGGGGGCACUCUCGCGCCACUGGAACGGCGCGGCUGCGGCCCCGCGCCGCCCGAUGUGGGGCCACAACUUCAGCGAGUGGGCGGCGCAGGUGCCCAACCUGCAGUCGACGAUCAUGGCGCGCGGCAUGGCCGCGAGCGGCGCCGAGUACUAUGGCCGCAUGCAUGGCGGCUCGCGGCCGAAGAAUGCGCAAAAGGCAUGGCAGGAGCUCGACGAGAUGCUCUCCGCCUUCGACGUCGUGGGUACGGUGAGCCGCUUCGACGAAACCCUGCUCCUCGCCGCCGACCUCGUCGGCCUGCCGGUGCUCACGUACAAGUACAACCGCCCCAACCAGAAGGGCGGCUACCGCGGCACCAACGCCGACAUCUGCCCCGACCGCGAGGCUUGCGCCGCCCUCAUCCGCGAGCUUGCGCCCCGCGACCAUCGCAUGUGGGCAAAGUACUCCGCGGCCUUCGAGGCACGACUCGCGGCGCUCGGCCCGGCUUUCGCGCGUCGCGUCGCGGGCUUCAAAUCAGCCGUCAAGCGCGCGCAGCCGGCGUGGGAGGUCGCGCCGCGUGCGCAGACCAUCUGCCGCUACCACCCCGAGACCGGGCCGCGCGCGCGCGAGCUGGCGUUCCCGAACUUGCGCUGCCCGGUCGGCGAGGCCGGAGGGAAGCCGCUCUGCCAGCACUUUUACGCGCACCGCCUCUUCGAGUGCCCGUGGCAGUACGUGCCCAACUCGUCGCUCACCGACUCGCUCGGCUGCUGGCGCCCGUCGUCCGGCUUCCUGUGAGUGUGCUUGAGGAGAUCGAAGCCGCGCUGCGGCUACGUGCGUGCUGAGGAGAAAAUUCACAUCACGCCGCCCGCGGCGCGCCGCGCGCGACAGAGGGGUUUUUAUUUGUUUUUGCGGCUUUUAUUAGUU